GGAAUGCUAUACUGCUAGUGCUACUUUUUUCCCUUCGCAAGUAUUUAUUAAAAAUCGGCUUCAAAUAAAUAAAUAAUAUAUAAAAAUUAAUUUAAAUAGGAGAGAAAAAUUGUUGAAGAGUCGUAGAACGACAACGAGGACCGUUCUGCAUUCGCACUCAUCGCUCGCCAUUAGCGAACGAACGAUCGAUUUCAACUUCUUCUGUUCGAGCGAUUCAAAAUUCUCGUUUUUUUCUGAAGAGAAAACGAAGAAGAAGAGAGAGAGAGAGAGAGAGAGAGAGAGACAGUGAAGUAAAAAUUGGAAAUGGCGCUUUCACGGCUUCGAGGUCCAGUGAAAGAGAUCUCUAAGUCUCACGCUCCUUCUUUCUUGAGAGCUCGCUUUCUCUCUUCUUCUUCCUCUAGAUCCCUCUCUCGCCCUCCCUGUGUUCAAAAUUCUCUUGUGGGUGAUCAUGGCUCUCUAUUAAGGCCCGCAUCUUUAUUUAUGCUCACUGGAGUUCAAAUUAAUUCUUUAAAACUAAAGCUGUGGGUUGGUGGUAUCAAGUACUUCUCUUCUGCAGAUUCUUCACAUACAGUACUCCAGAUGCCAGCUAUGUCUCCUACAAUGAGCCAAGGUAACAUUGCAAAAUGGAGGAAGAAAGAAGGAGAUAGGAUAGAAGUGGGUGAUGUACUAUGCGAAAUUGAGACUGACAAAGCCACUCUUGAGCUAGAAAGUCUUGAGGAGGGGUUUCUGGCUAAGAUACUGGUACCUGAUGGUUCAAAAGAUGUGCCCGUUGGACAACCUAUUGCAAUAACGGUUGAGGAUCAAGAUGAUAUCCAAAAUGUCCCUGCUACUGUGGCAGGUGGAUCUGAGAUUAAAGAGGAAACAACAAAUCAGAAUGUGAAAAAUGAGAACAAAGUACAAGAGAAAAGUUCAAUUAAGACAAGUGCAUCUGCGAUACCUCCUCAUAUUCUUGUUGAAAUGCCUGCAUUAUCCCCAACUAUGAAUCAGGGAAACAUUGCGAAGUGGCUAAAGAAAGAAGGAGACAAGAUCAAUGUGGGUGAUGUUAUAUGUGAGAUAGAGACAGACAAAGCUACCCUUGAAUUCGAAUGUCUUGAAGAGGGGUACUUGGCUAAGAUACUAGCACCUGAAGGUUCAAAGGAUGUGGCUGUGGGUCAACCUAUUGCAAUAACAGUUGAGGAUCCAGCUGAUAUUGAGACAGUAAACAAUAGUGUUAGCAGUGGUUCUGAAAUCAAAGAGGCAAAGCCAAUGCAUCGUGAUGAUGGAAAUGAAGCUAAAGCUCAGAAAACAAGUGUUGCGAGGAUCAGUCCAUCUGCAAAGUUGCUAAUUACAGAAUAUGGAUUGGAUUUAUCAUCAUUAAAGGCAUCAGGUUCUCAUGGUACGCUGCUCAAGGGGGAUGUUUUAGCUGCAAUUAAGUCAGGAAAAGGAUCUUCAUCUAAAGAGAAGACACUCCCAUCUCCUCAAAAAGCUUCUCCCGCUGUGUCAACAGAUUCAAGGUCUCACAUAAAGCAGUCAGAUUCUUUUGAAGAUCUGCCUAAUAGUCAAAUACGCAAGGUAAUAGCCAGAAGGUUAUUGGAAUCGAAACAAAAUACACCACAUUUAUAUUUAUCAUCAGAUGUUAUACUGGAUCCUCUUCUUUCUCUUAGAAAGGAACUUAAAGAGAAGCAUGAUGUUAAAGUUUCAGUGAAUGACAUUGUCAUCAAAGCUGUAGCUGUGGCACUGAGAAAUGUACCGGAAGCAAAUGCUUACUGGAAUGCUGAGAAAGGAGAAGUCAUUUUAUGCGAUUCUGUUGACAUUUCGAUUGCAGUGGCAACAGAGAAGGGAUUGAUGACUCCAAUAGUGAGGAAUGCAGAUCAGAAGACCCUAUCUUCAAUAUCCCUGGAGAUCAAGGAAUUAGCUGAGAAGGCAAGGGCAGGGAAGCUUUCACCAAAUGAAUUCCAAGGAGGAACUUUUAGCAUUUCAAACUUGGGAAUGUUUCCAGUGGAUCAAUUUUGUGCAAUUAUAAAUCCUCCACAGGCUGGUAUCCUUGCUGUUGGUAGAGGCAACAAAGUUGUUGAAGUAGUAAUUGGAAGUGAUGGAGUCGAAAGGCCUGCAGUUGUCACAAAAAUGAACUUAACGUUAUCUGCUGAUCAUCGUGUUUUUGAUGGAAAAGUUGGAGGAGCAUUCCUCUCAGCUUUGGGUUCAAACUUUAGUGAUGUCCGAAGACUUCUUUUGUAAUAACAUGAGAAAAGCCAUGAGAUUAAUUAAUGGGGGCUUCCAAGAGAUCAACUACAGUGGCGGAUGUAAUUUAGUUUUUUUUUUUUUCUUCAGAUUAACAUGUUAUAUUUCUUCCUGGAAUACCCCAGCCUGAAACAUUCUGCUUUUGUUGUACCAUCUCAGUCAGAGGAUUUUUGCUGGUUCCUUGAAUCCAACUUCCCCGUAGAGAACUGAAUUGUUGAGGAGCAUAAGCCAUGAGGUUUGGCAUGAUUUUAGGUUUCAAAUGUCUGAGGUUUUCUGAACAAGAAAACAACAGAAAUGUUCCAAGGUUUUGAUGCUUUUCGUCAUCAAACAUAAUUCUGUAGCUUUACGUUCCAUUUUUUGGAAUAAUUAAUGAUGUAUAAAAGAGCUACAGAAAAUAAACUUAUAUAUCAAUGAGUUAAUUCUUAUUUGUGCA